AUGAGAGAGACCAGCGUCUUGUGUCGAAGUGCAGCGAACACGGAACUUGGAGCACCAUUCUACAAUUGUGAACUUGGAGCACCAUUCUACAGUGGUAAACUUGGAGCACCAUUUCACAAUGGUGAACUUGGAACACCAUUCCACAAUGGUGAACUUGGAGCAGCAUUCCACAAUGGUGAACUUGGAGCACUAUUCUACAAUGGUGAACUUGGAGCACCAUUCUACAAUGGUGAACUUGGAGCACCAUUCUACAGUGGUGAACUUGGAGCACAAUUCCACAACGGUGAACUUGGAACAUCAUUCCACAAUGGUGAACUUGGAGCACCAUUCCACAAUGGUGAACUUGGAGCACAAUUCCACAACAGUGAACUUGGAACACCAUUCCACAAUGGUGAACUUGGAGCACCAUUCCACAAUGGUGAACUUGGAGCACCAUUCUACAACGAUGAACUUGGUGCACUAUUCCACAAUGGUGAACUUGGGUCACGCGUCUUCGAGGUUUCGGGAAUCAGCCUCUUCGUUUCACCUGGAGCCGUGUGUGAGUGUUAUAAGCAGAGGUGGAGCAGCGGGCUGCGGACGAUUGCAGAAGGAGCGGCUGUCAGUGCAGAUGGCGCCGUAACAAGUGACGCGGGCAGCUUCGUGUUCCCCGGGCUGACCAAUUAG